CAGUCUGCGGUGGUUCUCCCAGGCUUACAGCCUGCGUUCAGUGCCAGUCUGCGGUGGUUCUCCCAGGCUUACAGCCUGCGUUCAGUGUCAGUCUGGGGAGGUUCUCCCAGGCUUACAGCCUGCGUUCAUUGCCAGUCUGUGGUGGUUCUCCCAGGCUUAAAGCCUGCGUUCAGUGUUAGUCUGCGGUGGUUCUCCCAGGCUUACAGCAUGCGUUCAGUGCCAGUCUGCGGUGGUUCUCCUAGGUUUACAGCCUGCGUUCAGUGCGAGUCUGUGGUGGUUCUCCCAGGCUUACAGCAUGCGUUCAGUGCCAGUCUGCACUGCUCUCCAUCCCCCUAGCCUGAACAGACAGCACCGCCAACCUGGCUGCUAGACUGGGCUGUUCUGGGUAAAUGAGGUCUAGAGACAUACUGUUGGUUAGGCAUUUUGAUAAUUUAGUCCAAUGUAAACUGUAGUUGGUAAAAGGGAUAUUGCAAUAACAAUGUGGAAGUAAAACUUAAUAUUGGGUAUGUUUGCUCCUGGGCCCUCAUACUGAAUGGACAGGGAUUUUUGUAGCCCUAUCUGAAUAAACAGAGACUCAUAGAGGUUCCAGAAAAGGGCACCUGAAACUUUUAAAUAAGGUGUCAUGUUCUCACAUGGCAGUCUGGGUAUUUUGCAUGUUUAUAUUGUCUCUACUUGUGGAGGCGGUUGUUUCCAUUUUAUAUCAGGAAAAGGCUGAGUUAUCAGCAAGUUCCCAUAUUUCCUGCAAAACAUCCUGGGGCAGGGGGCCUAGACAGGAAGAGGUCCUGCCUGGAGUAGGUGUUUUUGGGAGAGCAGAGGCGGGGAAGUUCCUUCCUUAAGGAAGAUGGGCCACAUGGUUCAGCUAGCUGUUCUGUGAUCAGCUUUUCACUCUGGCGCUCUGUUCAAGAUCUGCACUACUUUGGUAACAUCAACUAGACUAACCUAGCUUCUAAAAAGCUAAGCUUAAUUAUGUCAAUUUAAACACAUAAACUGAACAUCACGGGUAAUGGUUUUAAAAUUUGGGAAUCUUUUGUCUUUCUUCAUGCAAAUAGGCAGCUUGAAGUAUGCAUCCUGUUAAUUGAAUCCCUCUUAUUACUGGAAUGAUGUCUGGUGUGAAUGUAGAGGAAAUGCAGGCCCUGUCUUGCUCUUUUGCUCCCUGCUUCAAACUGGAGACGUGUAACUGACUGUACUGCUGCUCUGGUUUCCUCUAGCCGUUUCCUUCCCGGGUCUAAACAGACUCUUUGGUGCUUUCCAGUUUCCUGGAGCAUAUAUGCAGCGAAUGGACCGGCACAGACGUGAAGAGAAUUGGUCUGGGCAAAACAGAGGGUCAAACAAGUGAACCAGCUGCUCAUUUAGUGUGUUUACUCGUGCUACACUUUCUUUAUCCGACACAAGGAUCACAGGUUCAGAGACGUUUCCAGUCACUUUAUCCAGUCUCAGCUGGAGACAGCACAGCUUACUCCCAGUAGUACAGUGGGCAGCGAGGACCAGUUGGUCACACGUCACACUGGGACCAGCUGGGCGGGCAUUAGCAGUAAAAGCGGUCAGCGGGAGGGUGGAGAGUCCACAGGACAGAACUGCUAGGGACCUUGCAGAGAAGGACAGCGGAAGUGUGAAGCCAGUGUCUUCUGCAUGAGCGCUGUGAUGAGCCCUCUGAAGUGAGCGCGGCUGAACCCCUCUCACAGAGCAUGCCUCUGAGUCCGGCAGCCGGCAAACAUGAGCCAGCGGAGCAGCGGCAGCAGGAGGCGGAGUUGCUGCAGCAGCAGCUGUGUGCUACUAACGGCGACCGGGGCGACUCGGACAGCUCCAGAGAAGACUCCGUGUACGACACCAUCCGCUCGGUGGCUGACAAGCCCCCCGCCGGCCCCAUGGACGAGCCCCGAGGCAGCACCAUCGUGAUCCGCAUAGGAAUCCCGGACCUGCAGCAAACAAAAUGCAUGAAGUUCAACAUGGAUGUCCCCAUCUGGUCCUCCAAGCAGCGCAUCCUGUGUACUCUGAAUCAGAGCCUGAAGGACGUGCUGAACUACGGCCUGUUUCAACCGGCCUACAACGGCAAGGCCGGCAAGUUCCUGGACGAGGAGCGACUGCUGAAGGAGUACCCCCUGCCGGCCAUCGCCCCCGUGCCCUACCUGGAGGUAAAGCCUCCUUCCUUCCAGAAGUAG